AUGACAAACCCAACCGGACCACGUUCUGAAAUCCAUGUUCCACGCAGUCGAACCACCACCGGAGUCUCGACUGAAUCGAUCCCCGUAACUACCUCCCUCCCGCUCGGUACGACCAUUGCUCAAACCACCGCUCCCCUGACCUUUGGCUCGCUGCCCCCAAUGACUCGAGUAAUUGCAACCAUUACCGAUGCCGACACGCUUUACUCAACUGUCACGACAACCACUCGUGGAGGCACGGGUGAUGACUAUGUGCACGUAACUGAUUACGACUCCUCCGAAUCGGAGCAAGAGCAUGAUACCCCCCCUCGAAGGAGAAGAGAUACCGAGCAUACUCGACAUCGUCGAUGCCGCCAUAGGCAGGAGACUAAUGAGCCCCGAGGGGCGACGAACCAAGCUUAUGAAGAUCGAAUCCGUGCUUAUGAGGAGGAAAUUGCACGAUUGAAAAGGGACCAGGCAAAGUUACCACCCCCGGAACCAAGGGACGAAAACCCUCGUCAAACCAGCAUGAACCAGAUUCAUUUGUUACCAGCGGGUGAUCCCGAUAACCCUGUUCCGCCCUUCACCCAAGAGAUUAUGGAUACGAGGAUCUCCAGAAAAUUCAAACUCCCAACCAUUAAAGCCUAUGAUUGCACGGGUGAUCCCGCAAACCACGUUCGGAUCUUUAUGAACGCUCUGUUACUCCAACCCGUCACGGAAGCAAUCAAGUGCCGUGCUUUUCCUCAGACCUUGAGUGGGAUGGCUCAGCACUGGUAUAGUCGCUUACCUCCAAACUCCAUUUCUUGUUUUGCUGACUUGAGUAGGGCCUUCAUAGGACAAUUCGUUGGAAGCAAAACACACGCCAAAAGCUCCGCCUCGCUAAUGAAUUUACACCAGGGUAAAAACGAGUCGCUCCGAGAGUAUAUGAAUCGUUUUACGAAAGAAGCCUUGAAGGUCUCAGACCUAGAUCAGAAGGUAGCUAUGAUUGCACUCCAACAAGGCACUACCGAUGACAACUUCCACCGAUCAUUAGCCAAGAGGGCCCCUAAUAAUAUGAAUGAUUUACAGGAGAGAGCCGGGAAGUAUAUUAGGGCAGAAGAAAGCUUGAGGAAAUCGCAGAACAAUCAGGGACUAAAUACCAAUUUCAAGAAGCGCGGGAAUGACACGGAGUAUAACGCUGAGAAUAAAUACUCCAAGAAGGACGAUGAUGAAAAGUCGCCUGCUAAAAAGAAGUUAGGGCCGAGGUUUACUGAGUAUGCUAGACUCAAUGCCCCGAGGAGUCAAAUCUUGAUGAAGAUUGAGAAGGAUGAAAGUGUAAGAUGGCCGAAGCCUAUAAGGACCGAUCCGGAGAAACGAAACAAAGAUUUGUAUUGUCGAUUCCUUAAGGACAUAGGGCAUAAGACCGAUGAUUGCCGACAGUUGAAGGAUGAAAUUGAAUUCUUGAUCCGAAGAGGCAAGUUGUCUAAAUUUACAAAGGAUGGAGAUAAGAAUCAUCGAGACAAUGACAGCCGAGGAAGAGACAACGAGGAUAAAAGAACUUGUUAG